GUCAUUACCGCUGCCCCACAUAAACCGCACUACUUAUACCUUUAUCGUGCGAAAUUCCUGCAACAUUUUGUAACGAACAGGAACUAUGCCUUAGACGGGCAUCGUUCGAAAUGGAAACAAGCACGACCGUCAUAGAAAAGUAGCGUAAUCAUGGGCCAGCAGAUGAGGAGCGAACAAACCAGUCCCUAAGUACUCUGUUCCACCGAUAACCUAAGCUGUUACUAGCUUACUACUCACUGCCAGUCACGCGCCAGUCUCCGAUGAAACGGUUGUGGUUGCGCCGCUCUGCGCACGCGCAACGCUUUUUCAAGUUGGAGUUUUGUACGAAAAUAUUUUGAGAGUUUUAGAUUUUCGUGACGUGAUGUGCUUGAAAAAAGCUUGUUGAAUAUGUGAAUAUUAUUGUGUUUUAAUUGAAUUGGAUUGCGUUUACAUUUCUAAAGAACGCCAUGGGCACAAUGCGAUGAGCCACGUGGUGGCUGCGCUAGUGUUGUUGACGGUGGGCGCGGCGCGUGCGCAGCUUCAGCCGGCCGAUGCGCCACCAGCCAUUAAUGAUACGCGAUGCGGAUCAGAAUGCGUGCGAUGUUCAGCGGACGGUUGCAUCAAAUGCGCUCGUUUGCUCGUCUGGCCAUCGGGCAGUUGCACCCACGAGUGUCCCUCUGGCACCAGGGAGUUCUGGGCACAUGACGACCAGCUCAUGGGUAGAGUGUGCUACCCUGGACACCCUUAUAAUGAGAUUAUGAUUGGCGGUGCGUGCGGUGUGUUGGCGUGCAUAAUUUUACUGACCGUUGGCGCAGUUUACGCGCGCUGUAGGAAGCACCAAGCGCACGCACACCCGCUGCCGCAACCGCAUCAUGAUGACGACGCGCAACUCAGAGAGUUUCACAAACAGCUCGACUGUUUACGACCUCAUGCGUAUACUUUACUAGCUAUUCUAAAUCAUACAAGGCACCAAGUAAGGGAGCUCUAUCAAUUGGGCAACAACGACGCUGCAAUGGCCUACAGUUGCGUGCUGAGCGACCUGGCGAAACUGCUCAUCCUUUUGAACAAACAGCAAGUUCCUGUUGUACCGGAAGAAUGGCCAAGACUAGCCAGCUGGGCUGAUCGGAUAUUGAAACGCUACAGCCGUCUCGGUAUCUCGCAGCAGCCGCAUCAACAAGCCCAACUCGUGAACUUCCUUCCUUCCCCACCGAGCCGAUCCGACUCCGACACUACACAAUCAUUUUCCACUUUCAAACCACCUUCAUAUUCACCUACUUCAUACGAUAGUCAUAUUUUAGAUAAGGAUCUAGAUAACCAAUGGGGAGACGCCGGAAGACCGCCCAGUUACUCGCAAAUAGAAAGCGAGUCCAUUGUUCUGUCUGAUCCUUGGGAGAGGAGACCCAUUGUCAGACGGGAAAGCGUCUGGCUAGAAGACGAAUUGUUUGAGAUGACCAGACGACCUCAAGACGAACUUACCACAGAAUUAUAGUUUAUAGCACCAAUUUGGAUUAUUCUAUUGUCAAAAAGUUCGUCAUUUGUAACAUUUCACAAAGCCAAACAAAAAUUUGAAUUUGUUGAUAUAUUUUUCCUUAUGUUAAUUUGUAAAUAGGAGAUUACAUUAAAUGUACUAUCCAUUUCAACGGCAUUGCACAUUCAUACCUAAGUAUAUCAUGUUAUCUGUUUACUUUCAGUUGAAUAUUUUAAAACUUAUAAGUACAAACUUUACUAAGUUAGAUAAUUAUUUAGAUUGUAAUAAUAAGCGUUUUCUUUAAGCCUAAUCGUACCUAAUAAUGAUGUAUCUAUAGUGUUUUAAUCGUUUAAAUAGGCACAUAUUUUGUAUUAAAGUUAACUUCGGACUAUCGACUAUACAUCAUCAAAGCUCGUAGAGAAAUAAUAGAGAUCGCUGUAGCAAUGUACCUAUAUUACUUACGUAGUUUAUUGUAGUAAAAUUUCAGUAUUUAUCAUAUUGAUAAGGAUAAUUAUACAUAAUUUCAUUUGACUCUAUGGCAUUACCAAAUUAUGUACCUACCUAAAGUAUUUUAAUAAGACUAGUCUACUUUUUAACAAUGUAAAAUUUGAUAAAUAUCUGUGUAAGUAUAUUUUAAUUCAAAAUCUUAUUUGGUAUUAACAUAGAAUAAAUUAAUUUGUCAAUUUAUUUGACCCCU